UGUCCUGUAGAAAAUGAAAAAAGAAUGUUGGUCUCUUUGGAUUUGAGGCAAAUGAAUAGGAUAUUAUCAUUGAGUAAAGAAAAUAUGUAUGUUGUAGUUGAAGCUGGCACUGUUGCACAGGACCUCGAGAAAGAAUUACGGAAAUGGGGAUUUACUUUAGGAUGGGAUGCUGAGAUGUUAGAAUUCUGUACUGUCGGUGGCAUUGCUUCCUUACGCUCAAAUGAUAUCAAAAGAAAUAUGAACGGUGACCUUGAAUAUAGUAUUAUAAAUUUCAAGAUGGUCACCCCUACAG